AGACCUUCAUUAAUUACAAUUAUCUAACAGAGACAGAGCAAGUUUUCCGCUUUCACUCUCUAGGGAACAAGGGUUUUGUUUCUCUUCUGGGUCUUGUCUUGUCGUCUCCUGUUAUCCCCACUCGGCGCGUAGACUCGCUUUGACUCAGCCACACUCAGUGUGGACGAAUCUUUGAAAGGCUGAUACUUCCAUGGAUAUUCAUGAGCAUGGAGUUUGGGUAAACAAGAAGAGAAGGCGGGUUCAAUGCAAACACUGUGGAAAAGAAAUGUCUGGCUUGCAACAUCUGAAAUGUCACUUGGCUGGUGUAGGUCCAGAUGUGACUCCCUGUGAACAUGUUACAUCUACUGUUAGAGAGUGGUUUCGAGGAGAUGUGGUUACAAUGGAGAAAGCUAAUGCUCAUAAGCAUCAAGGAAGCCAAGAUUCACCCGGAGGAAGUGUCUCUCCUACAGCUGUGGAGGCUAACCAAAUGGUUUUGUUGCCAAACAAGUCCCAAGAGUGGAUUGGUCAGUGCUCUUCCUAUGCAAGCUUUUUCGAUUUUUCAGCUGUGGAUUCAUCAGGCUUUAGAGAGAUGAUGAUGAUGACUGCAAGUGAUGGUACUCUUCCUGAUUCCCAUGAUUUAAAAGGAUGGAUGCUUCAGGAAGCGUUGGGAGAAGUGGAAGAGUAUGUGAAGAAGAUCAAAGAUUCAUGGGCGGUCACAGGUUGCAGCAUCUUGUUGGAAGCUUGGGUUGACAGUAGAGGCCGUGAUCUUGUUACUUUCCUUGCGGACUGUCCGGCUGGUCCGGUGUAUCUAACAUCUUUAGAUGUCUCUGACAUAAAACACGAGAUCAACGCUUUGAUAUCUCUAGUGGAUGGGCUUGUUGAUGAAGUUGGAGUGCAGAACGUGGUCCAGAUUGUUGCAUGCUCAGCUUCUGGUUGGGUUGGUGAAUUAGGAGAGUCUUAUGCGAGUAACAAGAAGGGAGCGUUCUGGUCUGUGAGUGUAUCUCACUGCUUUGAGCUUAUGUUGUUGAAGAUUGGAGAGAUAGAUUCACUUGGAUACAUUGUUGACGCUGUCAAUGUGAUUACAGAUUUCAUCAACAACAAUCCAUUGGUUUUGAAGCUUGUCAGAGAUCAAGAUCACAGUCUCUCAAUAGACAUGACUGCCUCCUCAGAGUUUGAGUUUUUCUUGCCGUACUUAACUCUAGAGAGUAUUUUCAGGGUCAAGAACGAAUUGGCAGCCAUGUUUCUUUUAUCUGAUUGUAACAACGAAGAAGACAUAAGAGUCUCCAAGUUGGUGAAUGAUACAACUUUCUGGAAAGCUGUUGACAAAGUUCUGAAAUGCACAUCUCCUCUGAUUCACGGUCUACUCUGGUUCUCUAAGCCCAACAAUCAGCAUGUUGGGAAUAUCUAUGAAACUAUGGAUGUCAUAAAGGAGAUAAUCGCCAGGGAAUUCAAUAACAAGGAAUCAUGUUAUGAGCCGUUGUGGGAUGUGAUUGAUGAUGUCUGGAACAAGCACCUUCACAGUCCUCUUCAUGCUGCUGGUUACUUCCUGAACCCGGCUACUUUCUACUCGGAUGAUUUCCAUCUUGAUUCAGAAGUAGCCUCCGGUCUUUGCGCUUCUCUGGUUCAUGUAGUAAAAGAAAGUGACAUUCAAGUUAAAGUUGCUACUCAGCUUGACAUAUACAGAGUUGGUGAUGACUGUUUUAACGAGGCCAGUCAAGCUGAUCAGAUCACUGGAAUCACUCCAGCUGAGUGGUGGGCUCAAAAGGCGAGCAAUCACCCAGAACUGCAGAGUUUCGCCAUUAAGAUUCUGAGCCAGACAUGUGAAGGUGCUUCAAGGUACAAACUACAGAGUAAAUUAGCAGAGAAGCUGGUGCUCACUGAAGGAAUGACCAGUUUUGAGCAAGAGCGGCUUGAAGAUUUGGCGUUUGUUCAUUACAAUCUUCAUCUCAAAAGCUGCAAAGCCAAACUAAGUGAAGAGCAGUGAAGAGAUUGUGCUGCAGGAUAGUUAUAUAUAUAUAGACUGGCAUGUUCAGCUUUUGUCUUUUUUUUUCUCAAGGUGCAAAUAACAGUUAUGUAGUUUGUAUGUUCAUGAAAUCCACUUUUUGAAUCA